AUCCUGUCUUUUUAACUGUCAAUUGGUUCGAUCGGACUUACUGUCUGGAACCAUGAACAGGGCCGAUCUAGGCCGGUUCGGUCGGUUCUUCAGUUUAGCGGGUAGAUUUCCCAGCCCUACUUGUUGCUUACCGCGCCAAAUCACACUAUUCCUUCUUCAUUCACGAACACCGACUGCAACCAAGAAGACCCUAACCCUUAAAAAAAAAGUAGACCCUAACAAUUUUACGCGCGAUCCCCUCCCUGUACUGUUGGGCCUGUAAAAAAUGAGAAGCAAAAACGAGACUAAGCGUUCUAAAGAAUCGUCAUCAGGAACUCUUGCCGACGUAUCACUGGAGGCUGUGGGCAAACUUCUGAGGCGUUGCAAUAAAACUGGGAGAAAAAAAUUUGACAAUAGUCUGCGUCAAUGUGAUUCAAUUGGAAAGUCAGAGAGUGGGGCAAAGAGAGAUGAAGAAGAUGUGGAUUCAAGAGUCAGAGGGAAUACUUUGGAAACUGCGGGUGGUAGUAAAGAUGCAAAGAGAAAGGUCUCUUGGGAAGAGAAAGUUGAUCGGGACAGCUUUCAGUGCAGUUUUACGGACACUAAGGAAGAACUGGAUGACUCGGAUUGGGAAGAUGGCCCAGUUCCCAUUUUAAAUUCCGUGGGCGAUCAUGAAGUGACUAUUGAAUUAAAUGAGACACCAGAUUCUACAAGAAGGAAACGUAUUCGUCGGGCUUCUGCCGAAGAUAAGGAAUUGGCUGAGCUUGUUCAUAAGGUUCAUUUACUUUGUUUACUUGCACGGGGAAGAUUGAUUGAUAGAGCUUGUGAUGACGCUCUUAUUCAGGCUACUUUACUUUCUCUUCUUCCAGUACACUUGCUGCAUAUAUCAAAGGUUGCAAAACCUACUGUAAAGGAUUUGCGUCCCCUAGUCUUUUGGUUUCAAAAUAACUUCCGUGUUAGAAGUACAAGUGUGAGCAAAUCAUUUCAUUCGGCUCUGACUUUUGCUCUUGAAACCCAUGAAGGGACUCAAGAAGAGAUUGCUGCGUUGUCUGUGGCACUCUUUAGAGCUUUAAAUCUGACAACCCGGUUCGUGUCCAUUUUGGAUGUUGCCUCCUUAAAACCAGAUGCUGACAAGACUGAAUAUUCUAGUGAAGAUGCAAGCAGAUCAAGUAGGGGAAUAUUCAGUACUUCAACUCCAAUGGUGGCUAGAAAACAGGAUGUCUCUGUGUCUCUUGGUAAAUCACCUUCAUGUAAUGAGAGAGACAAUGUCUGUGGAACUUCUCAGAUGGGUUCAUGCAGAAGUAAGGACUGCCACCCAACAAGUAACAACACUCAGCCCAAAGGUUCUUGUAAUGCUUAUGAGGUGAAUGAUAGAAUGCUAGAUACAUUGGCUUGUGGGGCACAUGAUGAUAUCUCAGAAGCAGUCCUUAAUAAGAAAUCACAGGGAUUAAAGAGGAGAGGGGAUCUUGAGUUUGAAAUGCAGUUGAAAAUGGCACUUUCUGCUACAGCAGUGCCAACUGCAGAUAGAGAAAUGGGUUCGGGUAUGAAUUACUUGAACGGUAAUGAAAAUUUCUCUUACUCAAAAAGAAUGAAAAGAAUCGUUAGCGAAGAAUCACGAAACUCGUCCCAGAGUAUCUCUACUGCAGUUGGAUCGAGAAAAGUAGGUUCUCCUUUGUAUUGGGCAGAAGUAUACUGCAAGGGGGAAAACUUGACCGGAAAGUGGGUGCAUAUUGAUGCUAUUAAUGCAAUUAUUGAUGGAGAGCAGAAUGUUGAAGCUCUAGCUGCGGCAUGCAAAACGUCUUUGCGAUAUGCUGUUGCUUUUGCUGGGAAUGGGGCUAAAGAUGUGACUCGCAGGUACUGUCUGAAGUGGUAUCAGAUAGCAUCCCAACGAGUCAAUUCAAUAUGGUGGGAUGCGGUAUUGGCACCAUUGAGAGAUUUCGAGGUGACAGCAACAAGCGGCAGUGUCCAUUUGGAGAAAGAACACACUGGAUCCUCAUCGGGACAUGAACAAGCUAAAUCCUUAAACAUCUCUGACAGAGCGGUUAUUGCUACUAGAAACUCCCUCGAGGAUAUGGAGUUGGAAACUAAGGCAUUAACUGAGCCUCUUCCAACUAAUCAGCAGGCCUAUAAAAACCAUCAACUAUAUGCUAUUGAAAAAUGGCUUACCAAGGAUCAGGUACUUCAUCCGAAGGGCCCCAUUGUGGGUUUUUGUUCAGGUCAUCCAGUUUACCCUAGGACAUGUGUGCAAACACUAAAGACAAGAGAAAGAUGGCUACGGGAGGGGCUGCAAGUUAAAAUCAAUGAGCAUCCUGUGAAGGAGUUGAAACGUUCUUCAAAAGUCCACAAAGUACAGGACCCUGAAUCUGAUAAUUAUGUUGGGGGAAAUUCUAAACGAACUAUCGAACUUUAUGGCAAGUGGCAACUUGAACCCUUGGAUCUGCCUCAUGCUGUUAAUGGGAUAGUGCCAAAGAAUGAUCACGGUAAUGUGGAAGUAUGGUCUGAGAAGUGCCUUCCGCCAGGGACUAUGCACUUGAGGUUGCCAAGGGUGUUUUAUGUUGCCAAGAGGCUGGAAAUUGAUUAUGCUCCAGCCAUGGUUGGUUUCGAAUUCAAAAAUGGUCAAUCAUAUCCUGUCUUUGAUGGUAUAGUAGUAUGUGCUGAGUUCGGGGAUGCAAUAGUGGAGGCAUAUGCAGAGGAAGAGGAAAGAAGAGAGGCUGUAGAAAAGAAAAAAAAUGAAAUGCAGGCUAUUUCGCGGUGGUAUCAGCUUCUCUCUUCCGUUGUAACUCGGCAAAGGUUAGAAAACCUCUAUGGGGAUUCCUCCUCAUUUGUAGCAUCAGUUAGCACCAAAAGUGUGAAUGGUAAGUUAGAUGUACAGGUUGAUGGUAGUCCGAAUGAUGAGCAAUCUCUUGCAUGCCAGCAAGAUGUGCAUGAAAAUAGGCCGGCUGGUCCAUCAGCUGCCAUUCCGGAAAACCAUGAGCAUGUAUUCUUGACAGAAAACCAGAGUUUUGAUGAGGACAACUUGGUGGUGACAAGGAGGUGUCAUUGUGGAUUCACGGUGCAAGUGGAAGAACUGUAGUAUUUCCAUAUAAACAAUCUUCUUGAUUGAAUUAAAGUGAUGAUGCUGCUUGUCAUUUAAGGACGUGGGCUGAGCUCGGAAUGAAGAACGAACUUCCAUGUGUUUUUGACGUUGUAAGUGCAUUCUGGCAUUAGUCAUUGUGAGUUUGAUGAAAUGUAAAUGCAAUAGAAUAGUGAUGUGUAGAAAAUUUGAGGCUAUCCUCAUGUUUAUAGUUCAAUUUUCUGUCGCACUUAACUUUUGCUUUUAUUGCGUUUUGGGUAAUCAGAGUUAAACAGAGGUUUACUAAGGGAGA